AUGAAUAAUAAUCAAAUUUAUAUCAGUCCUCAAAAUGAAAACUUAUCACAGCUCUAUCUCCUAUUAGAUACUCUGGUCAACCAAAUUGAAGAAAAUAAAAAGAUUAAAGAAGGAUUGUUAUCGAAGAUUGAUAAUUUAGAUUCUUGUAUUCGUGAAAACAAAAUUUCAAAAAAUAAGGCUACUAUUGAUAAUGGUUCUAAUACUAGCACCGAUACUAAUGCAAGCAAUACUACAACUAAUUCUUUUAAACAGGAUAUAACAAUUUUUCAAAAUUUUAUUGAUAGAUCAUCGCCAUCACUAAAUGAGGGAGACUCAGGUAGCAAUGAUCAAUUGGAAAUUUUACGUCAACAGAAUGUGCACUUGAAAAAUAUUCUAGAUAAUAGAAUUAAUAUUAAUGAAAGAUCUUUUAAUGAAUUAAGCAAUAGUGAGGAUUCUCUAAUGUACGUGACUGAAAUUCUACGUCAGCACGUUUACGUGUCCCAUCUAGAUUCUAUUAAAAUUUUAAAAUCUGCUCUAAAUGAUAAAAUUUAUGCAUCACAUGAACAAGAAUCACAAACUUAUAUCGAUACUAUUGAUGAAUUGGAUAAACUAAUGGCGAUUUCAAAAUGUUACAGCUCUCUAUUGAAAAUUUUGCCUACUGAGCCUUCCAACGACGGAAAUAUAGACCUAACUUAG